CAGGAAAGAUGAUCAGGCACUAUGUCUGGCUUUCUGGGCAAAGAGUUCCUUCACUGGCUCCACCCAAUCUGCUUCCUGGCAGAGAGGUUUCAGAGGGUGCAUACAUUUCUCCCUCACAGUUAAAGCAAAAGCACCGGCUCAAGCAGCUUCUUGGGAGAAAACCUGACAACUCAUCAACACCUUCAAAAGCAGAUCUUGUGGGAACCUAAGCUCCACAGUCUCUGAUACAAACAUGGCUGACACCCAGGAAGACGCUCUGAGGAUCGUGCUGGUCGGGAAAACCGGAAGUGGGAAAAGUGGGACGGCAAACACCAUCUUUGGGCAAAAAGUAUUCGAAUCUAAGAUUGCCCCGGAGGCUGUUACCAAACAUUGCCAGAAAGCAUCCCGGAAAUGGAAGGGCAGAGACCUUCUCGUUGUUGACACCCCAGGGCUCUUCGACACCGAGGACAGCCUGGACACCACGUGCCAGGAAAUCAGCCGAUGUGUCCUCCUCUCCUGCCCGGGGCCCCACGCCAUCGUCUUGGUCAUACAGCUGGGCCGCUACACGGAGGAAGAGCAGAAAACUGUGGAAUUGAUCAAGAAUCUGUUUGGGGAAACAGCCAUGAAACACAUGAUCAUCUUGUUCACUCGAAAAGACUUGCUGGACGACCAGAGGCUAAGCGACUUUCUGAAGGAUGCGGGUGUAAACCUGCAAAGCCUCAUCAAGGAGUGUGGAGACCGAUGCUGUGCCUUUAAUAACAGGAGUACAGACCAGGCAGAAAAUGAAGUUCAGGUGCAGGAGCUGGUGGAGCUGGUAGACAAGAUGGUGCAGAACAACAAAGGGGCUUACUUUGCUGACAAAAUAUACAAGGACACUGAAGAAAAGCUGAGAGAGCAGGAGGAAGUCUUAAAGAAAAGCUACGAUGAUCAGUUAAAAAAAGACAUUAAAAGAGUAGAAAAGCAUAAUGCCCUUACUGCAGAAGAAAUGGAGGAAGAAAUAAAAUGGUUAAGGAAGAAACAUGAAGAACAAAUGAAAAAUAUAAGGGAAGUAGCUGAGGAGAGUAUAUUUCAAGUUGUUUUCAAGGAGAUUAAAAAUAUGCUUUCAAAAAUAUGGCAAAUGUUUUGGAAGUAGUGUAAAUUUUAUGUUUACUUCUCAACUUACUGUAACUUGUUUAUAUUGUAGUUUGUAGUUUCCAAAGAUGCCUAAAACCAUAUCUUCUUUCUGACUAAUUCUACUUACAGUCUGAUCUUGUUACGCUCUCCAUUGUGUUAUAGGUCUAUGUCCCUUACCUUGAAAUUGGUUGGACUCUGUGACUGCUGGGAUGAAUAGGAGGUGGUUGGAGCAAUACCAGAUGACUUCUGAGGUUAGAUAGGGAAAAGGCCUCCUAGCUCUCCUGGGUGAUUGUCCUUGGAAUUUGGCCACCAUGUUGUGAGGAAGCCCAAGUCGGCCGCAUGGAGAGGACUUGAAGUCACUGGCCCUCUCCUUUGGCUGAUGGUUCAUCUCCUGGCCAGAACCAGCUUGCCAGCCAUGCAAGUGAGGCAACACCAAUGUGGACUCUCCAGCUGCCUGCUGACAAAGCCACAAAGCGCAAAGAGGAGCCAUCGCCACAGGGGCCUGCCCAAAUUCCAGAUUCAUGAGAAAAAUAAAUGAUUGUUGCUGUUUCA